AUGCCGGACCACUCCCGUCCGGCGCCCGAGCCUCCCGCUGCCUCGUCCCUUCCCGUGCCCAGACCUGCCACGUCAGCGGCUUCUGCAGCUUCGUGGAACUCGCAAGAGAAUUCAUCUGCUGGGCACGCGUUUGGGCAGCAUUAUUUGUCGCUAGUGGAGAGUGACAAGGCUCGGCACAGGAAACUGGGCAUAACGGCUACAGCUGGGCUGCUGGGGGCCACGUACCCUAACGGCAUAUACUACGUGCAGCUGGGCAUCGGCACGCCGCCACAGACGUUCAAUCUGGACAUAGACACGGGCAGCAACCUGCUCUGGCUCAACUGCCUGCCUUGCAACCCCUGCACGCUCUCCAAGACUCUGCAAACCAACCCACCAUUUGACUCGGCCAAAUCCUCUUCAGUGAAGCUCCUUCAGUGCUCCAACAAAGCAUGCAUCAACCCCGACCGAACCGUCAAGAUCCGCAACUGCAACGUCACCUCCAAGCCUCUGGCCAAAGGCUCGGCAGCAGGCUCGGCAGGAGGUUCGGACGAGGACUUGGGGUGUAUGUAUUCAGUGGCGUAUGGGGAUGGGAGUGGAACGUCAGGUCGCCUGCUUGGUGACGUCAUCCAUCUGCCCAUCUCCGGGUCUGCCCGAGCAUUCAAAGUCCCCAUCACGUUUGGCUGUGGGAACUCGCAGCAGGGCAACUUCUACAACGGCCUGGGCUGGACGUACUACCAGGCGCUAGACGGGCUGAUAGGGCUGGGCAGGGGGUCGCUCUCUCUGCUCACAGCCGUUGGAGCUUACAAGGAGUUCUUCCCUAUUCGGCAGGUGGUGGCGCACUGUCUAGGGGGUGACAGCGGGGGCGGGUGGAUGACAGUGGGGGACAUCCCCAUCCCCCCUCUCACAGCCUUCACGCCCCUGCGACCAGAUGACACAUUCUACAAAGUGACAUUGAGGAGGGUAUUCGUGGGGGGAAUAGAGGUGGCGGUGAACCCAGCACAAUAUGGCAACCUGACUCACGGCAAUGCCAUCUUUGACAGCGGCACCACCUACUCCAUCAUGCCGCCUCUCUUCGUCCCGCCCCUCUUCCACCUUAUCCAAACAGCAGUGGGGCUGCCUCGCUAUGCGUUCUCCAUUGGCAAGGAGGGCUCGCUCUGCUUUUCCUCCACCGACGAGCUGACAGCAGAGGGCGUCAGCAACUGCUUUCCCCUCAUCAAAGAGAUAGUCUCUCAUCAACCUGCUGUGAACCGGCAUGCCCAGUUUUCCCACAGCCUCGAGUACCACCCACUCGCCCCCACCGCCCCCUACAGACCUUCUCCCCUUCACUCUCUCCUCGUUCACCCUCUCCCGUCCAGGCUGACAGCAGAGGACGUGAGGAACCGCGUCCCCCACAUCAACCUGCAAUGA